AUGAAAAAAACUGAUGAAUUUUUAAAAUUAACUUCCAAGUGUACUCACGAAAAUGUAAUUUGUCGUGAUUGUACUAGAAAAGAAUUGUUAAAAUGUUCAAAUAGUACGAAUAAUAAUAUCACUUGCUUUGCACCCAUAUGUAAUGAAAUAAUUACUAGUGCUGAUAUUAGAAGAGUUAGAGAUAGUAAUACAGGAAUUGCUAGUAAUGCUUUACAAAGUUUAAAUACACUCUGCUUCAGUCGUUCAGCUGCCGAAAAUAUUCCAGGAUUUCAGUGGUGCAAAAAUGGUAUUUACAAUUGUGGUUCCGGUCAAGUACAUGUUGACCAUGAUGGUAAUGCCGCCAAUGUUGAAUUUGCUCAAGAAUUAUUGCUUCUUGCGGCUUUGUGA